UUUUGUUAUCUUCGUUCUGCCGCCGAUCGUGGUCUUCGUACGGGUUCGCCGUACAUACAUAUGUUUAUUGUCACACGUUAAUUGGCAUUUAAUUAAACGUGGAGCGUCGCCGUCGCUGUUAUUCCACUGUGGACGCUCGAGUCGCGAGGUUCUACGAAUCGCGAAUAAACCGCAUCUCCACUGCGCGUCGUAUAAAAAAUUAAAAAACAAAGACAGCGCAAGAAUAAAGGAUAUAUUUGAUCCAAUUAACUGAUGUAAUUUCGCGACCAGUACUUGCAGUAAACCGGUUUUUGAACCAAGUACAAUUUUUAACCACUUUUUCAUGGGCUUCGCUUGCCGAAAAAGUGUAGAUGCUAUCUGCGCGCAAAUCUCAAACCUCGGAUCAUACGAUAUUUUCUAUGUGCGGGUCGCGACCGAUGUCUGGUUAUAUUGAGUAGAACGCAAUAAUAUAUAGCCACCACCGAUCGGCCAGAGAGGAGAGAGCGAGAGCGACGGCUAUCAGCAUCUGAAAGAGAGAAGGCUGGAGCGUUUUUGAUGCGCUGCCGUCUCCAUUUUUCAUAUUUUUUUCUCCGUUCGGCUUUGCAAUAGUACUACUAGUCGCUGCCACUAAAAGGGUCGCUCUGUUCGCGUUUAAGCAUCAGGGUCGAAUAGACGAUUUGGAGAGCACUUCCGAUCACUUGCCCGCCGGCUGAUGCCGGAGCAUCAUUCAGCACCAGUACCUACUACCUAGUACCCAGUCCAACAUAAUCGCCAAGCCAUGUUGACGACCGUCCUGAACUUUGCACAGCGCGUCGCCGAGAUUUCUUUGCUCGGCGGCAUCGAGAUUGCAUCAGUUGCCCUUAUUGUCUACUAUAUAUUCGCCAAGACGAGGGCACCCGUUAUCAUCGCUGGCCUGUUUCCCAACCUGAAUCUGAGCUACCGGACGAGCUACCUCAGCAAGAUCAACAGCAUUCGCAGCGAUCUCCUGGUCACUUUGCGAUCAUCCAAUGACCCCAAGACGCAGAAUUCCGUCGCCCAUGGCAUCGGGACGCAGAACAUGUUGGAGCUGACCCCGCAGUCCGGUCAGAAGCCCUUCAAAAAGCUCCUCGACUGGGGCGUGCUCUUUCCAUAUGUUGCUCAGGUGGUGCGCAGCGAGAAGUUCGAGUACCGACAGGUCACCGAGAUCGUGCACAACGAUGUUGUGCUGAAGCACGCUAUUAAACAGGCCGCCGAGCAGUCGCUCAGGGAGCAGCGGUAUGCCAAAAAUGGCCAUCGACUGCUCACGCGCAGCGCCAGUGGGGAUCAAGAGGGACAGGAGGAGGAGGACGAGAAAGUGGGCAUAUCCUACCAGAACAUUCUGCGCAAGCAGGAGCAGCGCGCCAUCAGCAUUCUAAAGGACAUGGGCUCCACCCUAAACAACGGCCUGCUGGCCUUCACCUCCUGGAUUCUGUACAAAUUGCUUCCAUGCUUUCUCUCCGGCGUCGUGACCAACACCAAGCAGAUCGAGAUGCUCAAGACAGCCACAGAGCGAUCGCCAGGAACCCCGUUGAUCUUUGUGCCGCUGCAUCGCAGCCAUUUGGACUACAUCAUGGUCACGUGGAUACUAACCAACAACGAUAUACGAAGUCCGCUGGUGGCCGCCGGGAAUAAUCUGCAAAUACCCGUUUUUGGAGGACUUUUGCGUGGUCUUGGCGCGUUCUUUAUCAAGCGCAAGAUUGAUCCAGUGGAGGGCAAGAAGGAUGUGCUGUAUAGGGCUGCUCUACACUUGUAUCUUACCCACGCCUUAAAGCAGGGCCACAAUGUGGAGUUCUUUAUCGAGGGCGGACGAACGCGCACCGGAAAGCCGUGCAUGCCAAAGGGCGGCAUCCUCUCAGUGAUUGUAAACGCCUUUAUGGACGGCAGCAUUCCGGACGCCCUGCUGGUGCCCGUCUCCGUGAACUACGAGCGACUCGUCGACGGAAAUUUUGUGCGCGAGCAGAAGGGUGAGAAAAAGAUACCCGAGUCCUUCAGCAAGGCCAUUUCUGGUAUUUGGAAGGCGCUUAAAUCGAACUACGGCCUAAUGCGCAUCGAUUUCAACGAACCGUACUCGAUACGGGAGCUGGUCAACUCGUACAACAAGAUAGCCCGAGAGGAUGGCAACAUUGCCAAGGUCUACAAGCCAGCUGCCAGGACAUUGCAGCACAAUCAGUCCACUUCCUCGCUGUACGGCACCGAUGUUGUGUGCGAGGAACAUCGCAAUCUCAUCGAAAGCAUCUCGCGCCAGGUGGUCUUUGACUGCGCGGCAGCCACCUCUGUGAUGUCCACCAAUGCACUGGCCUUUUUGCUACUCACCCGAUUUAGAAACGGCGCCGAAGAACAAAUUCUGGCCGAGGCCCUGGAUGACUUGCGAAACUCGUUAUCCGGCUGCAAGGACAUUGGUUUUUCCGGGGAAUCGUCACAUAUCCUGUCAUAUGCGUGUGAUUUACUCGGUUCAGGUCUUGUAACUCGCACUCGGGAUGAGAAUGGGCGUUUGGUGAUUAGGGCUGUGAAUUCAGUAGAAAGUUUUAUUGAGCUGGCCUACUACUCCAACAUGCUGACCCCGCACUUUGCACUCAGUUCGAUACUGUUGGCCACUUUCCACUCCCUGCUCCCAGAAACGGAGAACAAAAAUGAGGCUGGUGUAUCGCGGAAAAAGCUGAUAGAGACCGCCCUGGAGAACUGUCAGAUCUAUCGCUACGAGUUCAUACUAAACAAACCGACUCAAUUACUGGAGAGUUUAUUAUACAAACAGUUGGACGACCUCUUGAUUAGUGGUUGCGUUCGCUCAAAAACGGUGGACGAUGAUUUGCCAAACGCAGCGGAAAGCAGGCGCUUGGCCCACAGCCUGGCUGACUGUCUUGAUGAAGACGACGACUACCUCCACGUGCGCAACGGCGAAGUAGAUGAGCCCAAGUUGUUGUUCGCCAGCGAAACCCUGCAGCAGCAGCGCUACAUCUGCGAGGUGCUGGCGCCCUUCGCCUGGACGUAUGUGACGGUUGCGCAAUCCCUGCAGAUACUUCACCGAAACUCAAUGCUGGAGUCGGAAUUUAUUUGCUUUGUGAUCAACGAUUUGAGCAGCAAAGUCAAGCGCGGCAGCUGCAACUAUGCUGAAAGCAUAUCAACGGACUCCGUGCGCAACUGCCUGAAACUGUUGGAGAAAUGGUCUGUGAUCGAGGUGUGCAACCAGCAAGGCAUGCGCCUGAUCUCACUCAACACGCUCUACGAGAUGUCUCGGGAGUCGCUCAACACAAUUGUCAAGAAGAUUGACGCCAUAGUACCAAAAUUCAAUUCUGGUUACUUUAACGUAACGCCUUAACCAAAGGGGCUCGCUUUAUUUUUGGCACUCACUCUUUUUUUAUCCUUGUACAGUGCAUAUCCACAUAGAUUUAAAGUGCGUACUCCUAGAUCUUAGACUUAGAUAUGUCUAGUUUUAUAGUCAUACGAGUUUAUAUAUGCCAAAGUGCUAGCUUUACUGUAACUAAGCGACAAACAGUGAAAUAUGAACAAAUUUCUAAUGUAUAAUUUAAACAACAUUUUCUAUGUGCGGCCUGAGCGCGGCAAGACAAACGAAAAACAAUACAAUAUAUAUCAUCUAUACUGAACUGAUUGAUUAAACUUUAUAAUUUUAUAAUAAAGGCAAAUAGAACGGCUUACAAAAUAA